GCAGGGUCCUUCCGGCAGCCAGCUUCAGGCUUGGCUUUGAAGAGAAGCUGGCACCAAUGGUUUUGUGUGCUGUGCGGGGAGUUUUGCUGUGGGGAGCUGAGCAGAGAGCAUGGGCAAGCUGUAAAAGCAGGACAUGAAUGCAGUGACCUAUGAUGAUGUACAUAUCAACUUUUCUUGGGAAGAGUGGAAUUUGCUGGAUCCUUCCCAGAAGAAUCUCUACAAAGAUGUGAUGCUGGAGACCUAUAAGAACCUCACUGCUAUAGGAUACCAUUGGGAAGACCAUAAUAUUGAAGAACAUUGUCAAAGUUCUAGAAGAUAUAACAGGCAUGAAAGAAAUGAAAUUGGAGAGAAACUUUCUGUAUAUACUCAAUGUAUUAAAGCCUUUGCAUAUGGCAGUCACCUUCAAAGAAAUGCAAGAACAUGUACUGGAGAGAAACCUUAUGAAUGUAAUCAAUGUGGUAAAGCCUUUGCACGUUACAGUCUUGUUCAAAGGCAUAAAAGAACACAUACUGGAGAGAAACCCUAUGACUGUAAUCAGUGUGGUAAAGCCUUUGCUCAUUGCAACACUCUUCAAAUCCACAAAAGAACACACACUGGAGAGAAACCCUAUGAAUGCAAGCAAUGUGGUAAAGCCUUUACUCAACACAGCACUCUUCAAUUGCAUAAAAGAACCCAUACUGGUGAGAAACCCUAUGAAUGUAAUCAGUGUGGUAAAGCCUUUGCAUGUCAAAGUAGUCUUCAACGGCAUAAAAGAACACAUACUGGAGAGAAACCCUAUGACUGUGAUCAAUGUGGUAAAACAUUUACAUGCCAAAGUAGUCUUCAAAUGCAUAAAAGAACCCAUACUGGAGAGAAACCUUAUGAAUGUAAUCAGUGUGGUAAAGCCUUUGCAUGUCAAAGUAGUCUUCAAAGGCAUAAAAGAACACAUACUGGAGAGAAACCCUAUGAAUGUAGUCAGUGUGGUAAGGGCUUUGCAUGCCAUAGUCAUCUUCAAAGGCAUAAAAGAACACAUACUGGAGAGAAACCCUAUGAAUGCAAUCAGUGUUGUAAAGCCUUUGCUCAUCACAGUACUCUUCAAAUGCAUAAAAGAACACACACUGGAGAGAAACCCUAUAAAUGUCAUCAGUGUGGUAAAGCCUUUGCUUAUCACACUACUCUUCAAAGGCAUAAAAGAACGCAUACUGGAGAGAAACUGUAUGAAUGUAAUCAAUGUGGUAAAUCUGUUUCGUCCUUUGCAUAUCAUAAUCAUCUUCAAAGGUAUGAAAGAAUCUGUAAUGGAGAGAAACCCUUUGAAUGUAAUCAAUGUGGUAAAGUCUUUACACAUCAGAGUAUUCUCAAAAAUCAUAACAGAUCACAUACUGGAAAGAAACCCUAUGGAUGUAAUCAAUGUGGGAAAGCCUUUGCGUUUCACAGUCAUCUUCGAAUGCAUACAAUAACACAUACUGGAGAGAAGCCCUAUGAAUGCAACCAAUGUGAUAAAGCCUUUUCAUGUCACAGUCACCUGAAAAUACAUGAAAGAACCCAUACUGGAAAAAAACCCUAUGAAUGUGAUCAUUGUGGGAAAGCCUUUUCACAACAUUAUCAUCUCCAAAGGCAUAAAAGAACACAUACUGGAGAGAAACCCUAUGAAUGUAAUCAAUGUGGGAAAGCCUUUGCAUGUCAAAGCAGUCUUCUAUUGCAUCAAAGAACCCAUACUGGAGAGAAGCCCUAUGAAUGUAAUCAUUGUGGGAAAGCCUUUGCAGUUAACUGUAGUCUCCAAAAUCAUAAAAGAACACAUACUGGAGAGAAACCCUAUGAGUGCAAACAGUGUGGUAAAGGCUUUGCGCAGAAAAGUCAUCUUCUAAGGCAUAGAAGAACACAUACUGGAGAGAAACCCUAUGAAUGUAAUCAUUGUGAGAAAGCCUUUUCACAACAGUAUCACCUCCAAAGACAUAAAAGAAUGCAUACUGGAGAGAAACCUUAUGAAUGUAAUCAAUGUGGUAAAGCCUUUGCAAGUAACUGUAGUCUUAUAGUACAUAAAAGAACACAUACUGCAGAGAAACCCUAUGAAUGUAAACAAUGUGGUAAAGCCUUUACACAACAGAGUCAACUUAACUAUCAUAAAAGAACACAUGCUAGAGAGAACCCAACAAAUGUAAUCAAUAUGAGAAAGUCUUUUCACAACAGAAUCAUUUCCAAAUACAUAGAAGAAAACAAAUAGGAGGAAAAGCUCUAUGAAGUAAUCAAUGUUGUAAAGCCUUUAUAUGUCUUUGUAGUCUUUGCAUCAUUGGAAAAAAAUGAUACUACAGAGAAUUCCUAUAAAUGUAGUCAAGGUUUUGCAUCUCAUUAUAGCUUUUAUACAAGAUUUAAUCUUUCAGUGUGCCAUCAUUCUGUUAAAGCCUGUGCCUAUCAAAAUAAUCUUUGACGACCUAAAAAAAAAAAAAAAGCCCAUACAGAAGAGAAUUUAGCUAUAAAGGAUUUGGUAAGAUCUUUAGCCAACACAUUUAUGUUUCAUAAGUGUAUUUAUUCUGAAGAAAAAAAAUCUGACCAUAUCAUUAAUCUGUUCAAGAAGUAUAAUGCCUAUCUUUAUUUUGUUUGUACCUGCAAACUCAUGGAAAAAGCCCUAUGAAUUUAAAUGAUAUAAUAACUCUUUUAGAUUGCAUACAUCUCUUCAAUGACAUGAAAUAACAUUCAGGUGUAAAAGUUUAUGGAUAUUUGUGCCUUUUCUGUUGUUGUGAUAAAACAUUAUGUUUAUGUCAACUUAUGAAAGAGUUUAAUUUGACUCUUGAUUCCAGAGGGAUACCAUGGAAGUGAUACAGCAACAGGUGUCAGACAUGGCAGCUAAAGCAGGAGGCAAAGAUCUCACAUCCUCCACCUGUAGCAUGAAGCAGAGUGUGGGAAUAGGAAAUAAUUUUUAGAUAUAAAUUAUGAAAGCAUAUCCCUAAUGACAUAUUUCCUCCAAGAGGGCAGCAUGUUCUGAAUCUUCUCAAAUGAUGUUGCCAACUGGAGAUUGAUUUUUCUGACUUCAAGCCUACAUGCUUGCGUUCUGAACCAAUGCAUGAUGAAGUCAAAGUAUGUAAGAUGCCCUCAACACCUGUGUGAUAGGAAUGAAUACUUAUCAGAGAAAUUCCUUCAUGAGUGAAAAUUUGUUUAAAGAUUUUAUUUAAUUUUAAUUAUGCGAUGUUAGUAUGUAUUUGCGUAUGUAUGUGAAUGUGCAUUCUGGCUCCCAAGAAGGUUAGACCCUUGAAUCUUGUAGCAGGAAUUAUAGGAAGAUGUAAAAGACCUGACCUUGUUUCUGGGAAUGAAAUUUUCUUCCCUGUUCAGCCAUGUCUCUAGCCAUAUACAUUUUUAAAGCCUCUCUAUAUAAACUUGAAAUCAGGAAAUAGUGAAGAAUUCAUACAAGAGAAAGACCAUAUUCAUGUAAAUGAUUGGAUAGAGACUCUAGAUAUCAUAGUUGCCAUCAGUUUCAAAGAGAAAAAAAAUCUUUUUCAUUUUAACCUCGAAGAACGUAAAUUACUACCAUGUUCCCUCAAGACUGAUGGUGGAAAUAACUACAUUGUGGUCUCUAUUUUGCAACAUUUGAAGUCGAUAUUAAAAUAUGCUAUAUAUGGCAAAUCCACUUGCUAAAUUUUGUUUUGAUGUCCUUAUAUUUAUUCUGUGACUUUGCUCUUCCUCCAUUGUGCUUCUCCUUAAUGAUAGUUAUUUUUCUGCUGCAAUGUAUUAAAUGGGAUAUCAAUCACCAAAUGUGUCACUUUGUGAUUAUAAUUUGCAAAUAAAUCUGUCUG